CUAAGAUAAGAGCUUUUUCUUCUUUUACUCGGCGUACGCGGACUAGAUCCAACGCCCUUAACCCGCCUGUCAUUGAAGCAUUCCAGCUUGGAUCUAGCAUAAUUAGCCUUGAGAUGAUAGACGAUGAAAAAAAUCACGGUUCUGUGUUGUGUCACAUGGAUGGCACUACAGUACGAUCCAAGAUUAUCAUGUCCCACGACAAAUACAAUGAUGAUAACUUCUUACAGGUUUAUUACGAUGAGACUAGAUAUGGUGAAAGAUGGAGAUCUCAUGACCCAACUGAUCGAGAGAUCAUGUGUUCUCAUAUUAUUGACAGGUCGAUAAGACCAUUAUUUACUGCUGGAUUCCCCGCUAACGUUAUGGUAAAUGUAUGUGUUUUAAAAACAAACUGGAAACAUGAAGCUGAUGCUGAGUUAAUGGCGAUUAUUGCAACUUCAGCUGCUCUUAUGAAACUGAAUAUCACUCAGGCUGGACCUAUAGGAGUCAUCCGUAUUGGAAGGAUUAAUGAAAAUAUCACAAUAAAUCCUACCAUUGACGAGCAACGUAGAAGUGAUAUCAAUUUGUUAUACGUAUGCACACGUCAAAACCCUAUCAUGGCUGACCUGGUAGCUAGUGAGAUCUCAGAGAGCGAUCUAACAGCUAAUCUAAAGCUAGCUCAGCUAGAGGCUGUUAAAUGCAUUGACUCUCAAGUAAAGCUGAGAGAACGUUAUCAGAUGGACAAGAAAGACACAUCGAAUUCCAAGAAUUUUCAGGAUACAAGAACUCAAUCAUCAAAUCACAGUGGACGUGAGGUUGCUCUAGGGCAGGCACAUUGUACAGAAACUAUAUCGGACGUCAACAGAUUUGACGGGAGAAGUAUUCACCAAAUAAGACCACUACACUGUGAAGCUGGUUAUUUACAUACGUUGCAUGGGUCAUCACUUAUGUCAUGCGGAGAGACACAGGUAUUAUGCACUGCAUCAAUUGGUAAACCUGGAGAAACACAAAGCGUUGACGUGCUCCCAAGAAAAAGUUUUCGUGUUGAUUAUGAUUUUCCACCAUUUUGUACAAAUCAUAUCGUAGACAUUUUUUCACGUCGAUGGCUCGAAAUUGGCGACGGAAUGUUUACUGAGAAAGCCUUGCUUGCUGUCAUUCCCUCUCAAAGAGAUUUUCCAUAUGCUAUUCACCUUAACUCAGAGGUGUUAGCCUCAGAUGGCUCUUCAUCGACAACAAGUGUUUGUGGAGGUAGUAUAGCUUUGAUGGACGCUGGAGUUCCUAUAAAAAGUCAUGUUGCAGGUGUCUCUAUAGGUCUUGUCACUGAUAUGGAGACAUCCAACGGACAGCUAGAGAACUACCGUAUAAUAACUGAUACAUCGGGUUUAGAAAAUGACUUGGGAGAAAUGGAUUUCAAAAUUGCUGGUACACGAAAUGGUAUAACAGCAAUUCAGUUGGAUGCAAAGUCAACUCUACUCUCGUUAGAUGUCAUUGGUGAAGCUUUAAAGUAUGGACGUCAAGCCCAUCUUCAAAUUCUUGACCACAUGGAGCAAGCGAUAAAUUCCCCAAAAGAAACUUCUUAUUAUAAGGAAAGAAGGAUUGAAGAUGUUUGACCAAAAAAAAAAAGGAUUGAAGAUGAAACAGGUAAUCAUUUGAAGCUUUCAAGUUCUUGAAUUGUCGCCAGAAAAUAGAUUUUCCUUUAUGUGAUAAACUAUAUGUACGGGAUGAUAAAGCUAUAACCGUCACUUUGCUUAUUCCAAACCUUUUAUUCAUCGUUAAGAAUCCUAAAAUUGCAUUCAACUUGUGUGUUCAUCAAGAAUAUUAUUACAACUUAACCUGAGGAGGAAGUUUAAC